AUGAUCCCCGAGCCUGUUGAUCCAGCUUUGCUCCGCGAACAUGCAUACCAAGACAUUGGAGACCUAAGCAUUGUGCUAGCGAAGGAAACAUACACGGAUUUUGGAGGGUUCAAAUCGAUAUUCCAGUACGGACUGGGAUAUUUCAACUAUGAUUUUGGACUUGAUCGAGAGGUACACGAACGCAGCAUGUCAUGCAUUUUGAAAGCCCACGUCUCGGAGCAUUGUGGACUUUACAGCUUCGUGGCAUUGUUGCUGGCUGCAUUGUGCUAUUUCGCUCUCGUGCGGGUCCAAGGGAGCUUCAGAGGCAACAACUCGACCAAAGCCGACAAAGACGGCGACAAUGUGUAUUAUGUGAAGGUUUAA